GUUGGCCAUGCUCUUUUCACUAUUCUCUCGCGAAAUUCCUUUUCUUCAAGUUCACUGGUACUUAUUGCCUCUAUUUCACGCAAUUUCAGAGUUGUAGUAGAAGCUGAUUUGGUUGUCGUUGAGCUCUUUCCGUCUACCUCUAUGAUCUGACCACCAGGGAGGUGCAAUUGGGUUUUAUCUCAAGCUUUUGCAGCUGCUACCAUUGGUCUGAAGCGCUUGUAGUAGGCACGAUGGAAAGACACGCGCGAUUUGGACUUGUGGCGUUUCUAGCAGUGAUAGUUUUGUGUCUUCCAGCUUUCUCCGAAUGCGGCAGGGUUGUUGGAUUGACGAGAGCGUCGACCGAAGCAGCUGAAUCUGCAUAUUACUCGAAAGCUUUCACGGAGUACUGUCCUACCGACUUCUCCAAAGUCUCGUAUGACGACGUGAAAUCCGCUUGCCCGGCCAAUGCUGGCCAGGGUGCAACUGCAGCUUGUUGCGCAGCCUUCAACGCCAAGGCUUGUCAGUAUGAGGCCCAAGUGAACAAUUUCGGAAGCAUGUGCCCCAUGCUAUUCAUCAAUUAUCUGGGCGUUGCAGGCCCUUACCCCGCUGGUUAUUUCGUUGGUCCUUGUGUCGAUGGGACUAAGGGCUUCUGUAUCCGUAAAUAGGAUUAAACAUUCACAGAUGAUGCACUAGACAUUGCGAUGCAUUGUCAGUGUCGGAAGCUGAAGAUUCAGCAAGUAAUGUAUCACGCUCUAGCCCAUCUUUGGUAGCAUUAGCUCUAAUCCCGAAUUAAGCGUUCCGUGGGUGCCUCGACUUAAUCUUUCUAUGUUUGUCAUGUGUCUGAAGUGCAUUUAUAUUACUUAGAUUUCCUGACGUGUAAACUUGCACUCGUAUACACAAUAAUGCUUUGGAAGGAUUUUGUAGUUAUUGUCAGCUGGUUUUUCUUCACCUGAUCACUCAGUCCUAUUGCCCGUUUGAACAAUAAAUCUGUCAAAUAUUUGAUCGUGAA